AUGAGAUUCAGUGCAUUUGUGAUCGCCAGUGUUUUCGUGAGCUAUGUGGGCUAUGGAUUGCGACAUGGCAUGGAUGAUGACAAGGAGGCUGCCGAGCUGGCAACGGAAACUGUGGACCUCGUGGAAAGUGGCGACCCACUUGGGGAUGCCGCCGAAGCUGGGAAUGUGGAGUUGGUCGAGAAGCUGCUGAAGGGCAGGGGCAUAAUAUUCAAGCUGGACGCCACGGACGACAAUGGCGAAACCCCCUUGAUUCGUGCGUCCCGAAACAACCACAUCAAAGUCGUCAAGUCGUUGCUCUGGGCUGGAGCUGACCCCAACGAAAUUGGAGGUGGUCGUCAGAGUCCUUUAAUGGUGGCGGCCUACCAUGGUUACGUGGAGCUGAUGAAGAGGCUGCUUGGCGCUUUAUUGACCAAGGUGGACCUGCGGGCUUCACGCCAGAGCGUGACAGCUUUGUUCAUGGCGUUGAAGCAUCCGGAGGCUGUGAAGGUGCUAUUGGAUGCCAAGGCGGAUGUGAACGCCGUGGCAGAGUACGAUGACAAGACGCCGCUACACCAAGCAGCUCAACACGGGUUUGCUGAGACGGUGAAGUUGCUGUUGGCUGCGGGGGCAAUCGUCAACAAGAAGAACGGAGACGGCUGGACUCCGCUGUUCAGCGCCGCCCGUUAUGGUCACACAGAUGUCAUGAAGCUUCUGCUGGACGCUGGGGCGGAGGUCAAUGUGGUGAACAUGCACGACCAAACUCCGCUGCACGUAGCCACCUGGAGCGGCAAAGCCGAUGCCGUGAAGCUUUUGCUGGAGCACCACGCCUCCGUCAACGUGGUGGACGACUCGGGGUCCACGCCGUUGAUCACGGCCGCGCAGGAGAACGCCGAAAUGGUGAAGUUGUUGCUGGAUGCCAAG